AUGGCUGAAGAAUCAGGAAGGAGCUUUGCUCGAAGAGACAAGCUUUUGGAGAUGGAGUCCAAGGUCCAAAAGCUGUGGUCGGAGGGUGAUGUGUUCCAUGGCGAACCACCGAAGGAGGAUGCAAAACCUAAACAAGGGGAGAAAUUCUAUGGUAACUUUCCAUUUCCUUAUAUGAAUGGAUAUCUGCACUUGGGCCACGCCUUUUCUCUUUCGAAGCUCGAAUUUGCCGCCGCCUACCACAGAUUGAGGGGAGCCAAUGUGCUUCUACCUUUCGCCUUCCACUGUACUGGAAUGCCCAUAAAGGCUUCGGCCGAUAAGCUCAAAAGGGAAAUCCAGAGAUUUGGGAAUCCUCCGGUUUUUCCAGCGGAGGAAAUUGGCGAGCACGAAGGGAAACCCACCGAGGGUGAGGCUGAUGGAAAUCCUGGUGGUGGUAAAUUCAAGGGGAAAAAAUCUAAAGUUGUUGCCAAAUCCGGUGGAAUCAAGUACCAGUGGGAGAUUAUGCAGAGUUACGGAUUGUCUGAUGAGGAGAUUGCCAAGUUCACCAAUCCUUACCAUUGGCUGACCUUUUUCCCGCCUCUGGCCGUGGAGGAUCUGAAAGCCUUCGGGCUGGGCUGCGACUGGAGGCGUACAUUCAUCACCACCGAUAUGAACCCCUAUUUCGACUCUUUCGUCAGGUGGCAAGUUAGAAAAUUGAAAGACAUGGGAAAGAUCGUCAAGGAUUUGAGGUAUACCAUUUACUCUCCUCUGGACGGGCAGCCGUGCGCGGACCACGACCGUGCCUCGGGUGAGGGUGUUAUCCCGCAGGAGUAUACCCUAAUAAAAAUGGAGGUAAUCUCGCCUUUCCCACCAAAGAUGAGUAGUGCUUUGGAAGGGAAAAAGGUGUACCUUGCUGCUGCUACUUUAAGACCCGAGACAAUGUACGGCCAGACCAAUUGUUGGGUUUUGCCAGAUGGAAAAUACGGGGCUUUUGAGAUAAACGACACGGAAGUUUUCAUCUUGACGAGACGGGCGGCUCUGAAUUUGGCCUAUCAAAAGCUCUCGCGCGUGCCCGAGAAACCCACCUGUCUGGUAGAGUUGACCGGUCAAGAUCUCAUCGGUUUGCCUCUGAAAGCCCCAUUGGCCUGUAAUGAUGUUAUUUACACCCUUCCCAUGUUGUCUGUUCUCACAGACAAGGGCACCGGUAUCGUCACUAGCGUCCCGAGCGACUCUCCCGAUGAUUACAUGGCUCUUCAUGAUUUGAAAGCAAAGCCAGCAUUCAGAGCCAAAUACGGGGUGAAAGACGAGUGGAUCCUUCCGUUUGAGAUCAUACCAAUCAUUCACCAUCCCGAUUUCGGGGACAAGUCGGCGGAGAGAGUAUGCAUUGAGAAGAAGAUCAAGAGCCAGAACGAGAGGGAGAAGCUCGACGAGGCCAAGAAGAUAAUCUACAAGGGAGGUUUUUACGAGGGUACGAUGCUUGUGGGUGAGUUUACCGGGAUGAAAGUUCAGGAGGCCAAGGGUUUGAUCCGGAGCAAGCUCUUGGAGCUGGAGCAAGCUGUGGUCUACAGCGAGCCAGAGAAGAAAGUCAUGUCGAGAUCCGGUGACGAAUGUGUCGUGGCGUUGACAGACCAGUGGUACAUCACUUAUGGAGAACAAGAAUGGAAAAAAGCGGCCGUGGAAUGUUUGGCCGGGAUGAAUCUCUACUCAGACGAGACCCGUCACGGAUUCGAACACACCUUGAGCUGGCUAAACCAGUGGGCUUGUUCUAGAAGCUUCGGGCUUGGGACACGUAUUCCGUGGGACGAGGAGUUUCUGGUCGAGUCCCUGUCCGAUUCGACUCUCUACAUGGCAUAUUACACUGUAGCCCAUAUGCUUCAGAGAGGGGACAUGUAUGGGGCCGACCGGUCUUCAGUAAAACCCGAGCAGCUAACAGAUGAGGUCUGGGAUUUCUUAUUUGUUGACGGCCCAUAUCCCAAAUCCUCUGAUUUGCCCGCGACCCUUCUCAAUAAGAUGAAGCAAGAGUUUGAGUAUUGGUACCCGUUUGAUUUAAGGGUAUCUGGAAAGGACCUCAUUCAGAACCACCUCACGUUCUGUAUAUACAAUCACGCGGCCAUCAUGCCCAAGCAUCACUGGCCGAAAGGAUUUAGGUGCAACGGCCACAUCAUGCUCAAUUCCGAGAAAAUGUCGAAAUCGACCGGGAAUUUCAGGACCCUCCGCCAGGCCAUCGAGGAGUUCUCUGCCGAUGCCACUCGGUUUUCGCUUGCUGACGCUGGUGACGGCAUGGAUGAUGCCAAUUUCGUAUUCGAGACGGCAAAUGCCGCCAUUUUACGCCUCACGAAAGAGAUUUCGUGGAUGGAGGAAGUUAUUGCCGCCGAGUCGUCUCUAAGGAACACGCCUCCAACAACGUACGCUGAUCGUGUGUUCGCUAACGAGAUGAAUAUAGCUGUCAAAUCGACCGAAAAGAAUUUCAGCGAUUAUAUGUUCAGGGAAGCUUUGAAGAGCGGUUUUUACGAUCUCCAGGCGGCGAGGGACGAGUACAGGCUGUCGUGUGGGGCCGGGGGUAUGAACCGAGACUUGCUGUGGAGGUUCAUGGACAUCCAAACGAGGCUUAUUGCUCCUAUCUGCCCUCAUUACGCCGAACAUGUGUGGAAGGAGCUGUUGAAGAAAGGUGGCUAUGUGGUGAAAGCCGGCUGGCCUGAGGCUGAUUCGCCGGAUUUGACUCUAAAAAAGGCAAAUAAAUAUCUGCAGGAUACUAUUGUCUCUAUGAGGAAGCUUUUGCAGAAGCAGGCCACGGGCUCGAAGAAAGGUGGGAAAACGGGUCCCACUAAUGCUGCCCAGAGUGUUAAGCCCACGACUGGAUUGAUAUUCGUGAACGAGCAGUAUGAUGGGUGGAAAAAAGAAUGUCUGAACAUUCUCAAGAGGAAAUUCGAUUCUGCCACGUGUACUUUUGCGCCCGACCAGGAAAUACUUUCCGAACUGGCAAAGAGUGAUGUCGGGCAAUCAGGCAAUUUCAAGCAGAUACAAAAGCUGUGCAUGCCGUUUUUGAGGUUCAAGAAAGACGAGGUUAAGGCUGUUGGGGUUCAGGCGCUGGAUCUGAAGCUGCCAUUUGGCGAGAUAGAAGUGCUCGUGGAGAAUGUCGAGCUGAUCAAGCGGCAGUUGGGACUCGAGCAUUUGGAGGUUGUGUCUAAUGCUGAUGGGAAGAGAGAUGAGAUGGGGAUUAUCUACGAAGACGCAGUCUUGAUUAAAGAAGCUGUGAGUGAAGGUGAACACACCGUGAUAACUGUGAAUUGUCCAGAUAAAACUGGGCUUGGAUGUGAUUUGUGCAGAGUUAUAUUGCUCUUUGGACUUAGCAUUGUCAGAGGAGAUUUUUCAACUGAUGGUAAAUGGUGUUACUUGGUAUUUUGGGUGAUUGGAAAGCUGCAAACUAAAUGGAGUUUGUUAAGAAUGAGGCUUCUUGAUGUUUGCCCUAAAUGUACUCCUUCGGCUUCCGGAAUAUUCUAUUUUAUUCCGGAGUUUCAACCGACGAGGCCACCCGAGAUUUUCCUGCUCAAGUUUUGGUGCUCUUAUGACCGAAAAGGCCUGUUACAUGAUGUAACCGAGGUUCUUUAUGAGCUUGAACUAACAAUUAAGAGAGUGAAAGUUUAUACAGCUCCCGAUGGCAGAGUAAUGGACCUCUUCUUUAUUACAGAUACAAGAGAACUUCUUCAGACGAGCAGUAGACGAGAUGAAACAAUGAGACGACUAAAAUUCGUGCUAGGAGAUGCCAUGAUGACCUGCGAAAUCGAGCCGGCUUCUCAUGAAGUUGCUUCUUUUUUACACUCAUUUUCUUCAUCAUCUGAUGUGGGAAACAAUUUUUUGCAUGUGCCAGUUGACUCAGUAGCAGUUGAGUUCGAUAACUCACUCAGUCCAUCUCACACACUUGUUCGAAUUAUCUGCCGAGAUCACAAGGGUCUCAUCUACGAUAUCAUGAGAACCCUCAAAGAUUAUAAUAUACAGAUUUCUUACGGCCGCUUCUUUGCGAACGCAAAAGGGAACUGUGAGAUGGACUUAUUCAUAACAGAAGUCGAAGGGGAAAAGAUAGUUGACGAUUGUAGGAAAUCUGCACUUUGCUCUCGUCUGAAAACCGAGCUUGUCCACCCUCUCAGAGUGGAUGUUGUGAGCAGAGGUCCCGAUUCCGAGCUUUUGGUGGCUAACCCAGUCGAGCUUUCAGGCCGUGGCCGGCCGCUCGUUUUCUACGAUAUCACGCUCGCCCUCAAGAUUCUCAGCAUAAACAUCUUUUCGGUCGAAAUAGGCAGAACCAAAAUCGAAGACCGGGAAUGGGAAGUGUACAGGAUCUUGCUGGAUGAAUGGGAUUAUUACUCGACAAAAAGAGAAGAGAUUAAAGAGCGUGUAAGAAGCAAGCUAAUGGGAUGGGACGUUUAA